AUGGGUGUUCCUAAUUUCUAUUCAUGGUUAAUGAGAAGGUAUCCUCUAUGUCUAUAUGAACACACUCGAGCAUAAAGAGUGGAUUAUUUUUAUUUAGAUAUGAACUAAAUCAUUUAUAAGUGUGCAACUGAUCCUACAGUAUUAUUUAAGGAUCAAUUAAGAGAAAGAGAUUUUGAUGAUGUUUGGGUUUCUAUAAUAAACUAUUUGGAUAUGAUAAUAAAUUUAGUUAAUCCUUAACAAUUAUUAUUUUUGGCAUUUGAUGGAGUUGCACCACGUGCUAAAAUGAAUUAAUAGCGUCAAAGACGAUUUUAGUCAUAGAAAAGAUAUAAGUAUUUAAGUGCUCAUCUUUAAUAAAUUGGUUUAUUUCAAAAGAAUGAAACAUAUAAAAACAAUCAAUUCAGUCCUGGUACUGAAUUCAUGACUCAAUUGUAUUCAUAUUCAAAUAUUAAGAAAUCAAUAGAUUAAAUUUUAUAUUGAGAGAAAAUAUUCUGAAGAUCCAAAAUUCAAGAAUCUCAAAAUCAUCUUCUCUGGAUGUGAUGUACCAGGAGAAGGAGAACAUAAACUUCUUAGUUUCAUUCGUAAUAUGUAAUUCGAUCCAAAUAGUGUUCAUAUGAUUUAUGGAGCAGAUGCAGAUUUAAUUAUGUUAGGUUUACUUACUUAAUUGAAGAAUGUUCUCAUCAUUAGAGAAGAUCUAAAAUUUAAAUAAGUUGCUAGUGCUGCUGCUAAUAGAGUUAUCAAAAUUCCUGAAUUUCUAGUAAUCAAUAUUUCUAUGGUAAGAGAAUAUUUGGAUUUGGAAUUUACAGUUUUGAAAGAUAAAAUGAAAGUAGUUUAUGAUAUCAAUCGUAUUAUUGAUGAUUUUAUUUUACUAUGUUUUUUUGUUGGUAAUGAUUUUCUACCAAGAAUCUAUUGUUUUGAUAUUAGAAUAGGAACCAUAGAACCUCUUGUUGACUUAUUCAAAAAACAUUUAAUUAAUGCUAAUGAUUACAUUGUAUAAAGAGGAGAUAUCAAUUACAAAGAAUUGUUAAGUCUUUUAGAAUUAUUGUAAGGAUUUGAGAAAUUAUGUAUUAAUGAUAGAUAAUAAGAAAUGCUUAAUUAUUUAAAUACUAAACAUGAGAACAAGUAAAUGAUUGCUAAAGAAAAAGAAUUGAUUGAUAAUAUUUUGAAAUACUUUUCACUCCAAGAAUAAACUGAAGGACGUAAAUUUUAUUAUAAAGCCAAAUGUUAAAUUACUUAAGGUGAUGAAUUAGAUCUAGAGAAAUUAGAAGAUAUGUGUAUUAAUUAUAUGGAAGGAAUUUACUUUGUGUUAUAAUAUUAUUUCAAAGGAGUACCUUCAUGGGAAUGGUAUUAUAAAUAUUAUUAUGCUCCAUUAUGUGGGGAUAUUGUUGGAGUUGUAUCACAUAUAAUAUAACUAUUAUCAGAUAAAGAAGAACCUAUUAUAUUAACAAAGGGUAAACCAUAUCCACCAUUUAAAUAAUUACUUAGUAUCUUAACUCCAGAAAAUGCUAUGUUAUUACCUGAACCAUAUGGUAAACUUUUAACAGACAAAGAGAAUUCCAUUCUCAGAACACCUAUAGACUAUUAUCCUGAUAAUUUUGAAACUGAUUCAUAUGGUACAAUGUAUGAACAUUAACAUAUUACGAAAAUUCCUUUUUUAGAUUGCAAUCUUGUUGAAUAGGCAUAUAAUUCAAUUCAUGAUACAAAUGAUUCAAGAAAUCAAUAAGGAUUUUCAAUUUUCUAUUAAUAUGAUUCAAAUUAAUCAUAAAUAUAUGAAUCUACUCUUCCUAAACAUUUUAGUAAUUUCAAAUCUUGUUGUAAAAAAUAGUUUAUUGAUAUUGAAGAUAAAGAAUAAUAUUAAAUUGCUUAUGGAUAAUAAUAAAUUCUUGAGUAAUUUGAUGAUUCUUAUUAUAUUCCUUCAUUAAAAAUAGUAGGUAUAAAAUCAUCAAAAUUGGUUAAUAUUCAAUAACAUGAAGAUGAUAUGAAGAAAUUUGAAAAUUAAUUCUUAUUUUUAGAAUUAUAAUAAGCUAAAUUUGAUUAUGAUUAAUUUAUUUAGGAUAUAAUCAAAAAUAAGAAUUUUGUAUAUUGUGGAUUCCCUAUUCAAUAAUAAUGUGAAGUUCUUGCAAUCCUUAGAUCUGAUCAUUUAAAUCUAAUUGAUGGAAUUAAACUCUAAUAAAUAUAAUUACUUAAAGAUUACAGUAAAAAGGAUCAUAAUAAGAUAUAUAAAGAAAUAAGAAAUAAAACCUUAAAUUAAUAUGAGAAAUUCAUGAAAUUAGAUUGUUCAAUAUUUUUGAUUGUCAAACAAUAUAAACAUUAUAUCAGAGAUAAUAAUAAUCAAUUAAGUUAUCCAUAAGAUCAAUAUAGAGAAUUAAUAUAUCCAUAUGAAUUUGUGUUUCCAGAUCAAAAAGUUAAAUUUACAAUACCAAAUUUUGAAGAUUUUCAAAUAGAUAGACCAGUUGUGAUAUUUCAUGAAAAGAAAAAUGGAGCCAAUGGAAUCAUAAAAUAAAUAGAUAAAAAAUUAACUGUUUAAAUUACAGCAUAUCCAACCUUAUUAGGAUAUGAUUAUAUUCACUCAGAUAUUUAUUAUUCUUUAUAAAUUGUUAGUGAGAAACUUUAAUGUUCAGUUAAAACAUUGUUAAAUUUAUUAGGUAGUGUUGUUGUUAAUAUGUAAGAUAAGGAAUCAAAAAUUGCAGAUUAAUUAGAUAUUGGAUUAAAUAUUAUAAAUAGAACUAAUAAUUAAUUAGUUCCUGAAUUAGUUAGAUUACCUUAAGCUGAUUAAUAUGCAACUGGAUCAUCAAAGUAUCAAAAAUUCUUAGAUCUAGAAUUAUCUGAAAAAUGUGUUACUAUUUUAUGCAAAUACAGAAAUCAAUGUGCAAGAGUUUAAUAAUAUUUAAAUUAAUUGAAUGAAAAUUUAAGAAAUUAACCAAUAAAUGUUGAGGAUCUAUUUCCUAAUUCACCUGAUCCUAAUAUUGAUCUCCUUAAAAUUUAUAUAUGGAUUCUUUAAUUACCUGAAUCUUAAUAUUUAUUAUAAGGAAGUUCAUCAAAAGUUGCUUAAAUUAAGAUUCAUAAAAAACCCAUUCUAAAUAACAAUAUUAAUAUUACAACUAAAAAAGUAGAUCCAGGUUUUGCUGUUUAAUAAACUACUUAGACCUUUUUACCUCCAUUCUUUAUUAAACAUCCCACAAUCCAUAAAAUUGGAGAUAGAGUAGUGAAUUUAAAUUAUCCCUUUGGUAUAUAUGGUACUGUAGUUGGAUUAUUGGAAUAAAAAGAAAUUAUGGUUUAAGUAUUAUGGGAUCAAAAGUAUAUAGGUUUUACUAAUCUUGGUGGAAGAUAUGAUCUAUUAUCUUGUUCAACCUGUAAAUUUACUGAAAUCUUUAAUCUAUCUAAUGAAGAUUGGAGAUUAAAUCUUGCUAAGAAAGGGUGUCAUUAAGGUGAAUUUUGGGAUUUAUGGACAAAAGUGUAUAAACCUGACUUUAAAUCAAGAGCAAUUGAAUUUAAUGAUCAAUUAAAAGAAUAAAAUCCAUUUAAACAAUUAGUUGAAUUACCAGUAGAAAUUAAACCAAAAGUCAUUACAAAAGAUAAAGAAACAGCUCCUCAAGGAUUAGAAUUGUUAUAAAAACUUGCUUAAGAAUAACCUAAUUUAAUCACAAAUUAACCUUUGUAAGGAAUUAAAGAAGAAUUGAUUGAAUAGAAUGAAGAUGAGGCUUAAAAAUAAAUAAAAAAGUUAUUUUAAUUGUAUUAAUAAAUUGAUUAAUAAUCUUAAGUAGAAUAAUAAAAAUAACCAUAAAAAUAAAAUGAUGAAGAAAGUCUAAAAGUGUUACCUUAAUAGAUAGAAGAGAAUGAUGAUAAAUAGUAAUUCUAAUAAUAAAUCAAAUAAUAAGUUUAACAUUAAUAAAUUAAAAAAGUAUUAACUAAAAAAAAAGAUUAAUAAUUAUAAUAAUGA